AAAAAUUCAAUUUUUGUCUACAUUCUCUUUACUACCGCAUACCUGCUUUCCAAAUCCCAGUUCGCAAUAAUCCAAACGUAAAGCGGCAGUUGGACAAUAAAUUGUGCAAGCACAUCGUAAAUCGGUACUAAAAUAGUAAUUAACUAAUUGCAAGCGAUCUCGAUUUCGCCAUCAAACAAUCGAUAAGUCGUAAAGUGUUAACGGAUUAGCUCUAUUGUGAAUUGUUGAUAGCGGUGGAACGGCUGAGCCGCUGUUGAAUGUGUGUGCGCCUCCAAAAGCGAAAGACAGAUAAGACAUGUGAAAGCAAAAACCAUACAAUUGACAAAGCAACGCAGCAAAAAAGGUCCAACGAAUGAGCUUGUAAAAUGUGUAUUUAAAUGUAAUCAAAGUGCAUCAAUAAGGAGAGAUAAGAGCGUUUUGAGAAGCGAAAGUGAAGAACUUAAUUACAAACUGCUUAAUUCUGAAAUAAUCAAAGUUAUUAUCAUCUGCAUACGUGUGCCUAACCUCAAACGCAUUUGUGUCCAAAAUGGUUUCACACUAUUACAACACACUGCCAUACACCCAGAAACACAGUCCCGCCAACUUGGCCUACGCAGCAUCCGCCGCCGGCCAGCCAUGGAACUGGACACCCAACUAUCCCACGGGACCUAAUCAUCAGUUUCUGGGCGAUAUAGACUCUCCGCAUGCCGCGCACCAUGCCGCCCACCAGAUGUACUACAAUCCCCAUCACAUGUUCCACUCGGCAGCGGCCAGUGCCAGCGAUUGGCACUCGCCCGCAUCUGGCUCGACAACAUCUGCGGAUAACUUUCCCCAGAAUGUGCCCGUCUCGGCCCAUCAGCUGAUGCAGCAUCAUCAUGCGCAUGUAACGGGCGGCUUGCCGAGCGGCGGAUCCAGCAGCUCCGCCAGUUCGGGCAGCAGCAACAGUUCAGCAGUUGUGGGAGCGGCGCCGGGCAGCACACAACUUAAUGAGACGGGUGGCAGUAUUGGCAACGAUGCGGCGGCGGCAGCAGCAGCAGCAGCAGCGGCGGCAGCGCAACAACAGCAACAACAACAUAUUACCGAAGGCUUGCCAUCGCCUCCGAUUACGGUAUCGGGCAGCGAAAUAUCUAGUCCGGGUGCACCGACUUCGGCAUCGUCGCCCCAUCAUUUGGCGCAUCAUUUAAGCGUGGCUGCCAACAACAACAACAGCCCGUCUACGCACAAUAACAACAACAACAGCGUUGCAGCUAACAACAAUAAUCGUAGCUCGCCCGCCAAACCCCAGUAUUUCGAUUGGAUGAAGAAGCCGUCGUAUCCAGCGCAACCGCAGCCAGAGCAUUGCAGCACGCCCCAUUUAGAGGACAUAACAGAGUUGCUGGACCCAAGCGGCAAAACCCGCACCAAGGACAAAUAUCGCGUCGUCUACACAGACUACCAGCGUCUCGAAUUGGAGAAGGAAUACUGCACAUCGCGCUACAUCACCAUACGUCGCAAAAGUGAGCUCGCCCAGACGCUAGCUCUGUCCGAGCGUCAGGUGAAGAUCUGGUUCCAGAAUCGACGCGCCAAAGAGCGCAAGCAAAACAAAAAGGGUAGCGAUCCCAAUGUCAUGGGCGGUGUCCAGCACACAGACUACAGCCAACUGCUCGAUCCGAAGACGAAGCUCGAGCCGGGCCUGCAUCUGCAGCACACACUGCACUCAAUGAAUCCCAUGGCCAUGAACAUAUCCGCCAUGCGUCUGCAUCCGCAUCUAGCGGCCCACAGCCAUUCUAUGGCUGCUGCGGCCGCCCAUUCCCAUCCGCUCCAGCACAGCGUACAAAUGUCUGCCGCAGCGGUAGCCGGCACGCUUUCGAUGUGACCUGACUAUGCCAGCGAGGCAAAGGCGGAGGCUCUAUUUGAGCAAUCGGCCGUUGGCUAUGGCAACAGCUACAUUCUGGGUGGCGGCGAUGGCGACGGCAACGGCAACGGCAAUGAUGGCACUCCCACAGCGUGUCCUAGUGAUCUGGCGAUGGCUUUAGCCUAAGGUUUGGCAGCAGUUUGACUGCGAAACCUGUGCAGGGUGCGUUCGAAUAUUGCACGUUGUUAUUUUUUGUGAUUGUAUAUUCGAGGCGUUCAACGCUGCACAGGAAACACGAAACAGGAGUCAGAUCGCAGGCACACAGACACACCCAAACCCACACCCACACUCUUACACGCCGACCAGCGAAGCUUCAGCUGCGAUGAUUUCUUGUAUAUGUAUGCUUUAUAAAUUAUGAUUAUGUAUUUUAUUCUUGUUUACAUUGCUUGUUUCUGAACAUAAAUGUUUAGCUCUUAAGUGCAAAACUAUUAAUAAGCUGGCCCCCUUAUAGCUAGGAUCAAUUGCAACAAAAACAAAUUAAUUAUAGCCGUCCCCAAGUAACACUUUUUAAACUAAAUAAUUUACAUAUACUUGUAGAAGACACCCACAAAGCAGACAGCAGAAAGCAAAACGCCUUAAGUAAGCAGACACAAUAAUUGUAACUCCCACUCCCCAAUUGUGGGGCAAAUAUUUGUUAAUCUUAACCCCAAAACUUGUGUGCAAUUAAUUUUCAAAUGAUCACCAUUUCAUCGGCAAAAAAAGGAAGAAGGAAAGAAAUAUAGAAAUAGAAAAUAUAAACAAUAUUAAUAUCCAAGUUGUAAAUAUGAAAUUACGUACAUAUCUAUGUGUGUGUAGCAAAAUGUUUAACGUUUAUUACUCUAAAUAUGUAAUAAAAAUUAGUUGUAGUCCUAAUGUGUAAUAUAAAGAGCUAAAUUAAUAAUAUUAUAGACAUACUACAUGCAUUAGUAUGUGUAGGUAUGUAUGUACUUGUGUGUUUGUAUUCCGUGCACAACAAUCGAGCAACGCAACAAAUUAAAUAUAUUGUACUAUACUUGUAUAUGUAUAUGUGUGUGUAUGGAAAAACGAAACGCAUAUAAAUAAUAAAUAUAAUUUUCGCCUUGGUACAAAUAAAAAUGCAAA